AAGCUAUUUCCCCUCCUGGGGAUGUUUAAAAGCUCCGGAGGGAUGAGCGGGGUUAGAGCGAUCGCUGCGUUUCCAGCAGCCAUCCUAUUACGGCACUGAAUCACGGCAGGAAUGGCACGUCUAGCCUAGGCUAAUAAACCCUCCCGAGAGCGUGCCUUACAAACACGGCGAAACAGCCUUAAGUGAGCUCGAGAUAACUAAUUUCAAGCAUGGCUGUCUAGUGUGCCUGUCAUUCCUAUUGUCCUUCCAAACUCUCAGACAUUUUGAGCAGGGAGCACCCGGCUAUGAGUUAGCAGGGGUUGUGACACUAAUGGUCCAAAAAGGCUGAAGCGCCGGGAGGGGACGAUGACAGCGCUUAACAACUGGUGGCACUUUGGAGGAUACCACUGGAUCUCGGUUUAUUAACAAUUAGGCUUCGCCUCGGAGGAAGAUGUGACAGCUACCGGAGGUCCUUCCAUCGUCCCACUGCAGCAAGCAAAAACAACACUGGGCAACCCUCUAAAAUGUUUAUUUGGACCAGUGGCCGGAGCUCUACAUCUUACAGACAUGAUGAGAAAAGAAAUAUUUACCAAAAAAUCAGGGAUCACGAUCUACUGGACAAAAGGAAAACAGUCACAGCCUUAAAAGCUGGAGAAGAUCGGGCCAUACUCCUCGGGCUGGCCAUGAUGGUGUGCUCAAUCAUGAUGUACUUUCUCCUGGGAAUCACCCUGCUGCGGUCUUACAUGCAAAGCGUCUGGACGGAAGAGGCUCAGUGCUCGCUUCUCAACGCAUCCAUCACAGAAAGCUUCAACUGCUCAUUUAGCUGCGGUCCAGACUGCUGGAAAAUCUCUCAGUACCCCUGCCUCCAGGUGUACGUCAAUCUCACUUCUUCCGGCCAGAAACUUCUGCUCUACCACAACGAAGAAACAAUGAAAAUUAAUUCUGAGUGUUCAUAUAUACCCAAGUGCGGCAAGAAUUACGAAGAAUCCAUGUCUCUGGUGAACGUUGUGAUGGAAAACUUCCGAAAGUACCAACGCUUCUCCUGCUUCUAUGACCCCGAAGGCUCUCAGAAGAAUGUAAUAUUGACCAAACUAUACAGCUCUAAUGUGCUGUUUCACUCCCUCUUCUGGCCCACCUGCAUGAUGAUCGGUGGCGUUGCCAUCGUCGCGAUGGUAAAGCUGACUCAAUACCUUUCACUCCUCUGCGAGAGAAUCCAAAGGAUCAACAGAUAAGAAUGAAAACUUCAGAGAUUACCACUAAAAUACUGUUUUCUCAUUCUUCACCAAAGAACCUUAAGUUUGUAAUGUGCAAGUCUGUUCUAAGUUCCUUACUAUAUUAUAAGUAGAGCAAUAAUGCAAAAGCUGUUCUAUAUGCAAACAUGAUGUUAUUAUUAUUAUGCAGACAACAGAAAAAAAUACUGUUUUGUGUUGACCGUCUAUAUGAUCUUGUUUUAUGCUGA